AUGUCUGCUGCACACGGACACAAACAUACGGGUUCCGUGACCCAGAACCACAAAGCCCAGCUUGCUAAUGCCUAUAACGAACUUGGAAAGGAACUCGCCUCAAACAAAAUCAGAGUAGUUGGAAACUACACCCUAGGCAAAGUUAUUGGAGAAGGAGCGUACGGGAAAGUACGCCUAGGAACGCAUCGUCUCACCUCUACCCGCGUCGCCAUAAAGCAAAUACCAAAGGCAAUGUCGGCCUCGUUGACCCGCGAAAUUCAUCAUCAUCGCCAGCUCCACCAUCCACACGUCACACAAAUGUACGAAGUCAUUGCGACAGAAUCGUCUAUCUGGAUCGUCACGGAGCUUUGCUGCGGCGGAGAGCUGUUCGACUACCUUGCUGAAAAGGGACGACUGACAGAGGACGAGACUAAAAUCAUAUUCGGCCAACUGUGUCUCGCUGUUGCCUAUCUCCACGAUAAGGGGAUCGUACACCGCGACCUGAAGCUCGAGAACGUCCUCUUGGAUGAACGAUGCCGCGUGAAAUUGGGUGAUUUUGGGUUCACUCGGGAAUAUGAUCGUGGUGUAUACAUGGAGACUUUCUGCGGAACCACAGGUUAUGCUUCGCCUGAAAUGUUGCAAGCAGAGGUUGAUAUUUGGUCGAUGGGCGUUAUUCUGUACUGCCUUCUUACUGGGACUCUGCCAUUUGACGAUGACGACGAAGCUGUUAUGCGCGAUAAAGUCAUCCGAGGCGAAUACGAAGACCCAGAGUGGCUAUCUACAGACGCCCGUGAUCUAAUUAGAAACAUCCUCCAGAAGGACCCAACAACGCGCCUGAGCAUUGCACAAAUUCUCGCAUCUCCCUGGUUUUCACAGCCAUCUUCUUUAGACCCCUCAUCCAGCCUCCGACAAGCGACUUUAAGUGAAACGACGCCGUCACCGGUCUGUGAGAAUCCCAACGCAUUCUUAGCUCCUCCUAGCAUAGACACACAUGCGAAAUUCUCUUCCGAGCCAUCGGCGUCAUCAGCGACGUCGGUAACCUCAGAGUCGACAUUUCUCUCGGCUUCGUCCGACCUAUGCUCCACUCCCACUACGCCCGAUGAUAAUCCAUCACAGGAUCCCUUUGAUUCGUGUAAGGCCGAUAAUGCACGCAUACACCGUAAUCCUAGUCAGAUAACCAUCACGAAGUCCGAAUAUGCCGAUCGCGAAGCUCACAGGGCGAGACGCCGGUCUAGAGAUAGUGCACUUCGCCAGCCUGAGACUGUCUUCGAAGAGGAUCUUGCUGGCGAAGUCAUGACGCCUUCAAAUGCGGAAUUCCCUCCAUAUCAGUCCAACCAUGUCAUGAAGGCCCCCCCUUAUCCUACGCGAACACCAGCGCGGACGAAGCGCCGUUCUGUCUCGUCAACCCUUUCUGACCCUGCUUCUCCUACCCUUGACAAACCGUUGGCCCCUUUACCACCGCAAGACUUUGCUUCUCUAUUAAGCACACCUGCCCCUAUCAUUUUCUCCACACAACUAGAGCGCGAGCUCCUGAACAGUCUGAGCUUGCUCGGUCUAGACACGGGCCAAGUCGUCCACUCCGUCCUUAGCAAUGCAUGCGAUGCCGCUGGAGCUCUCUGGUGGAUGUUGAAGCGCAAGUCAGAGAAAAAAGCAUUAUCGGAAGCGAAUGUGCCCCCAGAGCAGGUCGACGUUGGGGACCAAACUGAUUCAAAGAGGAAGGAAGAACGACCCCCGAGCGAAAAACGUCGCACGAAGCGUGGAGUAUCUGUACAAACCGAUGAAAUAGCUUUUCCCUCCUUAUCCCUGGCGCAGUCCGCUCCAGAACUAACUUUUGUCCCACCUACACCCACCGUAGCGUCGAAUGCUCGUUCGACCACUCCUCCACGAUCCAAAUCACCAUUCCUAUCCCCAUCCCCUGUGGUCUCUGAACCUCUAAUGAAAUCCAAUCCUUCUACCCCCAGCGGAAGCUUCAAGGAAAAAGAGGGUGUGAAAGGUCGAAGAGAGGGCAAGGUACGAUCUGGCAGCGUUUCUAUCAUGCAACGCGCAACCACUGCACUGGAGGCGGCUGGUUUGGUGAAAAAGAGGUCAAAUGAAGGGGUGAGGGAGGAACGGGAGAAAGGCAAAGAGAAUGAGAAGAAAACUUCGGGUAGCGAGGAUUCCAGACCUUCACAUGGAAGUGCGUCCUCCAAACUCACGAAGUCGCCUCCAUUGAAGGCCAAGGACAAUGCUAUACCAACCACACCCACAAAUUCUGAUUUGCACCCCCAACCGGCAAGUUCACCAUGGGUUGUCACUGGAUCUAAAGGUUCUCCGCCACAGUCUCCUGUUCCUUCACCUGCCAACUCGCCGGGUGACACGCUGACUUCCUUGCCAAAUUUCUCGGAUCAUAGUGGCAAAGUUGUAGCGCCUGGUCGCAAUCGGGCUAGUUUGUUAUCUGCAUUGAGGUUCUGGUUCAACGAAGACCGUAAAGGAAAACGCAAAGAUAACAGUGAGCCAAUGCCCCAAAGUGGCGCACGCGGAUUGGCAUAUAGUCGUUCGUUAGCUAAUCCUCCCUCCUCUUCUAUGUCAGCUAUGAAGCAAGGUACUGUCAAGCGACGAACAAGUGGUUCCGGCCGAGGCCGUCGAGGUAAAAAACCUCUUACUACUUCUCGUCGUUCCAGCAGCGUCAACUCGAGAAGGUCGUCUGGCACAUCGGCCCAAAUUGUGCUAAUCGAAUCCCCUCACGUUGUGUUGGAUCAGAUUCCUAGCCGCCGAUCUUUUGGAACUCAUACUCCAAAUUCGGAGCGCGGCGAUAUUCUUCGAAGCCCUCGUCCAUUCGUAGCUUUCUAUGCGGGGAAGACACCAUAA